UGCUCGUUGUGUGUCGUACGUGCGCUCGCUCGCUCAUCGCUCUAAUUAAUAUUUAACAAUAAAUUUUAAUUAAUUGAACAAUAAACUCUAAUUCCAAUAAAAAAAAAUAAGAAAGUGUUAAAAACACGUUCAUUUUAAAACGCCAGCCGGUAUUACAACAACAAGAACAACACAGCAAAUGCUUAAUCGGAGUUACAAAGAUACUUUUAUAUUUUCACCAAAGUAAGCACACUGCACCAAACAACGGAAAAACUAGAUGGUUUAACCGUUUUUCCUAAAUUACGUAUAAAAUAUAUGAAUAUACAUAUAUGUAUACUUAUAUGACUAAUCAAAGUGAGAUUUAGUACCACAGUCUUUCAUAUACAUAUGUAUCAAUAAUUAAACACAUUUUUUGCAAUAUUGCACGAAACGUUGAUAUAGUGAGCUUUUAAAUUUUAAGUAAAAUAUCAUUUGGUUCUUAUAAAAGCAAUAUAAGGCACAGCACAAGUCACAAAAAAUUAAAGAAAAUUCACGGAAGGCGGCGAAGACUAGAAAAUUUUAUACUCGUAAGACGGAAGGUCUACGCAGUGAAACGACGACGGUUUCUCGUGCUCGUCGCUGAGCCAAAAAUCAACUGUUCCUCAAGUCGCGUUUGAAUUGUUCGCUCCGCGAGACGCGGCACGGCGACGAACUACGCUCAGUGUCAAGCAGUAACCGCCACAACGGCGCGCAAAAGGCACAGCAGCACAUCAAAAUCGAAAGAUUCAAUAACGCAACGCUGCAAACGAGACUAGAGCCGAUACGCUUCGGAGAGUCAAAUUUCUCUCUGGAACAGAAUUGAUAGUGCGCGAGAGAAAUUUAAAUGUGCGCGUGUAUGAGUUCAUGUGCUGAAAAUUAAAACUUGUAAAAGAAGAAGCACCACGUUCGUUGUUGACGCUGACACAGCGACGUCGGGUUAACUAAUAUUUUAUUUUCGGGUAUAUUAAUCGCUAGUUAAAAAAAAAAAUACGGUUAUUUGUUAUCAUUUAGCGUGGUGUUUUUUAAAUAUUAACAGUACACUUUUCUCGGGCUUGAAAAAUUAAAAAAAAAAUAAUAAUGAUACAAAUGUAGUAAAAAGGUGUGUAUCGUUGGAGUCUGGCAUAAAGCAUCUUAAAAAAACCCUACACCCAACGUUUCAUAGUAGCAGCAGCAACAACCACAGGGAAAGCUGAAAGCGAUGACUAUAAAGCGAUAUAUGCAAAUUUACCAUAAUUUGUUAAAUAAAUGAAAUAAAAAAGAGACUGCGAUAAGGAACAACAAAUAUUUGAGAAAUCAACAAAAGGAGAAAGAAAGGAAGACUUAAUUUUUCUAGUAUUUGGAAUGAACUACAAACAGUUGAAAGAUUUAUUUCAGAGAAACAAAACAAAACCAAAAGCUUUUUAAAUACGUAGCAUACAAAACACAAAGCAAGAAUUGAGCAAGUGGCAAAUCAAUAAAGAACACAUUAAACACUACAUAACGAUUAUUUGUCCUCGCAUGGACUAAAGACAUCAUAAGCAAAGUUUGGAAAAUUGUGACAGGCGUAACAAAAAAAUAAAAAAACAAAAAACUAUAUAUGCAUACACAAUUAUUGAUAAGACCAUCAAGCUAAUAAUCCAGCCUUCAAGCAUAUCAUCGUAAGCUGUACACACUACAUAAAAGUUGUCUUGAAUUACAGGAAUCAUAAAAGUGACCUGGUGGAGCAACGUCUUCGAGUGUUGGGUGAAAAGAGUGAUAUAAACGAAUAUUUUUUGAUUUCCCUAAGCAAAAACCGAACACUCACGAGUUGGACAAAGCAAAUGUAUAUCACUAACAGCAACAACAUUGGUAUGGCCACGUUGUUGCAGCAGAAUAAGGCUACUUGCAUGAAGACUCUUAUAAAUGGCGGCGGGAGUAGUAACGGCAACCCCGGGAGCAACGUCAACAACGCAGGCAUAGUUGUUGGCAAUCUAGUAAGUGGCGUUGGGGCAGGAACUUCUCAGGUUGGCGGAGCAACGGUCGCAACUAUUGUUGGCGCCAGUGGCUCAUCAAAUGUGGGCGGACUAGGUAACAGCGGCGUGGGUGGAAAUCUAGUGCUGUCCGCAGGGCAGGCCAUUGUGCUCACAAAUGGUACAACUGGUGCUAGUAGUAUCAUAAACUAUCAACAAUAUCAACAAUUGUUGCAACAACAGCAGCAGCAGCAACAACAGCAACAGCAACAAUUAGCAUCAACAGGUUCAAGUCACGCUACGGUUGCUACUACAAACGCAGCAUCCGGUGCACGCAUUUUGAUGCCGCACGAAAUGGUGACCCUUCCGAUUAGUAGCAUUGUAACCACGAGCGGUGGCGGCUUAGCAUUGAUAACCAGCGCUAACACGGCUGGCGGAGGUGUUACGCCGACACAAGGUCACUUCUUGGUGGCAGCAACAGCUAGUCCUGCGAUACAUCCUAUCCAAACGACCACAAUGGGCACUAGUAGUGGUAAUAUUAGUAGCUUCCAGCAGCAAUUCCAACAGCAAAUUGCUGCACAUCAAACCACUACAACCAACAAUGUGGUGUCAUCAGCUCCAAAUAGUCGUACAACAACUACAAUUUACACGCAACAACCAGCCACUACAGGCAUAGUCUCCACGGUGCCUACAACCCGUUACUUUUCGCAAUUCAGCAAUCAGCAACAACCUACGUCUAGCAUUAGCACCGGAACUACAACAUCAACAAUUGUUGCCACAAAAGCUGCUGGCAAUCGUACCACUCACGUACUCAUCAAUCGCUCCAAUAACACUAUCAUUGCUGGUAAUACUACACAACGUUUGCAGCAUGCGAAAAUUUUAAAUAAACCACCGAUGAAUAUUGCAGCGACUGCGGCUGCUGUCGUAACAAAUUCCGUUGUCGCUAAUAAGUCUCAAUUUAAUCAUAAUUCUCAUUCUCCUGCCAUACAAGCUGUGAAGCUGCAACAACAACCACUACGCCAAAAUAUUACAGCCUUGCAACAAAUUAAGCAACUGGCACAAAACCAACAACAACAACAACAGAAGAUACAACUAGUUAAACCUAACGUACACAGCAGCAAUGCGGUGACAGUGACUGCAACGAAAACGACAACAGUUGCCAACACCUCUGCCGCUUUGCGUAACUUAUCGAGUGGGAGCCAGGUGAACGGUGGCCUCAAUUUAGUUCCUAACAGUAAUAGUAUCUCGGGCAACAUUAAUAAUAAGAGUGGAACUGUGGCAGUUGCCUCACCAGCAACGCUGCAGCCGAAGACGUUGCCAACGGCAGCUGUAGUGCCCCAAAAACAGUUCCAGAACCAACAACACCAUCAGCAGCAGCAGCAGCAACAACAACAACAACAACAACAACAAAGUCAAAGCCAAAAUCCACAGCGUCAAAAUCAGCAACAGGGACAAUCACAAGAACAAAAACCUAUAGUUGCCCAUUCCCGCACGAUACCCGCCACAUCUCAUGCAGCGACACAUGUUGCACCCAACAAAACUGCCAAUCUGGUUGUUGCGACAGCUGCCGAUGGCUCAACUAGCGCAGAAGUCGCGAGUACUGAGCCUGAGGUGGAACCAGAGAUCGAUAUUGUCAUUAACAAUGUGGUUUGCUCGUUCAGCGUACGUUGCCAUUUGAAUCUGCGUGAUAUUGCACUCAAGGGUCUCAAUGUGGAGUAUCGUCGAGAGAACGGUAUGGUUACGAUGAAGCUGCGCCGACCUUAUACAACUGCGUCUAUCUGGUCAUCUGGACGUAUCACGUGUACGGGAGCUACGUCUGAAGAACAGGCAAAAAUUGCUGCACGCCGCUAUGCUCGCUGUCUUGAGAAACUCGGCUUUCGAUCGCGUUUCCACAAUUUCCGAGUGGUGAAUGUCCUGGGUACCUGCAGCAUGCCGUGGGCCAUUAAAAUUUUAAACUUCUCCGAAAAGUACAAGAAAGAGGCCAGUUACGAACCCGAAUUACAUCCCGGUGUUACGUAUAAAUUACGCUAUCCAAAGGCCACUUUGAAGAUCUUCUCCACUGGCAGUAUUACUGUGACGGCUGCAAGUGUUGCUAAUGUACAGGCUGCCAUUGAACACAUUUUCCCACUGGUCUACGAGUUUCGUAAGAAACGUUCACCCGAAGAGUUGGAACAGUUGCGCAUUAAGCAACAGCAGGCCGCUUUGGUCGAUGCCACUGAUGUGGAAGAGGUGCUAACUAACGACAAUGUCGUUGAAACUACCCCAAGUGUGCCAACAUUGCAGCGUAGGCGUAUAAGUAACAGUGCAGUUAACAAUUUUAAGCAAAAGCGCAGAAGGCUGGAUGUGGAAAUGGAUGGCGAAGGCGGCGGAUCGUUGGUUGCCGAUGAAGAAGUUGAUGAUCCCGAAGCAAAGGAGAAUGAUAAUAUUGUGAUGUAUGAUCCGGAUGAUUUGAUUGAAGGACCCGAUGAUGAGGAUGAGGUUCUUUAAAUGAGAGUUGAGAGAUGAGAGAUAUGAUACGCAUGCGCAUUGAUUGAGGAUAGUUAUGAAGCAUUCAUGUCGUUUGAUUAUGUAGUAUUAUGGUUUCAAACAAAAUUUCUAUAUAUCGUAUAUUAAAAUAAUAUUUAAACUAAAACGAAAAUGAGUUUACUACAAAUUGCUGUAAUGCAGACGAAAUAUGAAAAGCAUUAAACAAGACAACAACAACAAGAAGAAAAACAAAGAAAGAAAGAAAGAAAAAAACUACAUAGGAUAUAAUAUAGUAACUGUAACAAAUGAUUCGAAUGACAAAGGAAAGCAAGUGAAUUGACUAUUCAGUUUCACGCCUUACAAAUUGCAUAUUACAACACAACUUGAACACAUCAGAAACCAAAUCAAAUCAAAACUAAUCAAACAAAUGGAGUUUAUUGUUAAGCAAAGAAACCAACAAACAAACAAACAACAAGCAAACAAAAAAAAAACAUGGACGACGAUUAUAAUUUGUUGCUCUUACUAUUUUUGUGUGUGAAUACACAUUCUUAGAUGCGUAUAUUUUAAGAACUCAUGUACAAUCGGCGCAUCAUCGCCACCAUACAUAUAAUACAUAUGUAAGUAUGUACGUUCCAACGUGAUGGCGAUGAGGUUUCGAGUUCAGCGCAAAAAAUACAAGCAAUGAAAACAUUGAACGCAAAUGUUGAGGAGUCUGCGAACUGCGAUCUACUAUGGGAAUUGUGAGCCAAAUAACUACAACUAUUUUUAAGAUAUUUUUUAGCUUCCAGUGUGCUUUGCUUAGUUACCAACGUUAUUUGCUACAACAAAGAUCUACAACAACAUCAGAUUACCGAAAAUUGCGAAAGUACAUUCAAAUUAAAAAUGUUUCACUUAAAGAAUUAAGCAAAUAACACUAAACAGCAACAACAACUACCAUGUAACAAUAAUUUAAACAGAAUAAAGAAUACAAUUUUUUGUAUGAUUACUGAUUAAUUCUGA